CUCUAUUCCUCAGUUAUUAAGUAAACAUUAAAUUAUGUUGGUUAUAGAUAGAUAAUCUAUUAGAUACUGAGUCUAUAUCUUAUUUUCUUUGUGUGUGUGUGUCUCAGUGUGUGUGUGAGACGCUAUUAUUUCUAAAAAUUAGAUCUUUAUCUGAUCAAAUCAAAAUCGCAGCAAUGCCUGCACCUAUCUGUAUAUCUGCAGCACAAUUUUUUCUCUCUGAUUUGAUUUUAAAAAGUUGCAGAUUGUCUCACUAAUUUUCAGAACGGAAGUUGCUUGUUUCCUGAAGGAUGUAAGACAAUGAAUCUUGCACUGUAAAAAUAAUUACAAUAUAUUUGAAUAGAAUCACAAUGCAUGAUUUGAGGAAGCCAUGAAAGAAGCAACGAAAACAAAAUCAGCUGAGCGAAGAAUCAGAAAUUCAAAUGGAGCUUUUUGAUUUUAAAAGAUCCUGUUUUUCCCCAUUUGCUGUUGUGAACACCUGCAGAUAAAAACUUGGCAACGAAGGAGGAAUGAGAGAGGAGAACAUAACUUCAUGGAGAGAAUUUCUUCUGGUUGGUCUUCUGCAUCAGUGGUCACCCACCCUGUUCCUUUGGGGGCUUCUCUUCAUGUUUCUGAUUGCUCUGAUGGGAAACAGCCUCCUUAUUUUUCUGAUUAAAACAGACUCUGGACUUCAGACUCCCAUGUACUUCUUUCUUAGUCAGUUGGCUUUCAUGGACCUCUGCCAAGUUCUCUCCAUCGUUCCACAAGUAUUGGUCAGCUUUGUAACUAAGAGGUAUACCAUUUCACUCUAUGGGUGUGUUGUUCAGAUUUCUGUAAUUUUGAUUUUGGCAGGAGCAGAAUGCCUCAUCCUGGCAACCAUGUCUUAUGACAGGUACGUAGCCAUCUGCAAACCUUUGCAAUAUCCUAUCCUCAUGAGGAGGAGUGUCUGUUACAUGAUGUCAGUGGCAGCCUGGUUUUGGUCCACUGUCCAGGCACUCACUUGCUCUCUUUAUGUCCUGCCCCUUCCUUACUGCAAGUCCAAUGAGAUUAACCAUUACAUGUGUGAUUAUCCAGCUCUUAUCCAGCUGUCUUGCUCAGAUAAUUCUGCUUUUGAAAGAACAACGUAUUUUGGAAAUUUCAUGGUACUACUCAUCCCCAUUUCACUUAUCCUUACUUCCUAUGUUUCCAUCCUCCUCCAAGUUGUGAGGGUGCGAUCUUCUGAAAGGAGCCACAAAGCCUUGGGAACUUGUAUGUCUCAUUUAUGUGUAGUUGGGAUCUAUUACAUAACUGCUAUUGUAACAUACAUGAAACCUGCAUCCUCUUAUUCACCACAGGAAGCCAUGAUUAAUACACUGUUCUUUACCACUCUGCCUGCCAUGACAAACCCCUUUAUAUACAGCCUGAGGAAUCAGGAUGUCUUGGAAGCUCUGAGAAAAGUCUUCCAAAAACAUAGCUUGCAUGACUGACUAGGUAGUAAAAACUUAACAGUGAAUAUUUUCUGUUUGAAAUCUGGUCAUCUGCUCCAAUAAGAAGUACAGUUACUGAUAUUUGAUAGCAUUGGAUGUCUCUUUUUAAUUGCUGUUAUUCAACUGAUGGGAAAGUGAACUUGCAUCCAAAGGUGCAUAAUGUAAUUUGAGUCCAAAAUAUUAAAUUCCCUAAUCCAGACAUCCCCAACCUUUUGGGCACCAGGGACCGGGUAUGUGAAGAGAGGUUUUUCUGUGGACCAGAGGGUGUGUGGUUUUGUGUGCUGCCUGCAUCCUGUGGAUGGGGCUUUGCUUGUUUGUGCGGAUCGGUUGCUGGCAUGCCACAGCCUGGUACUGGUCCACGGACUGGGGGAUGGGGACCCAUGGUCUAAUCUACUUAGAUUAUCAGCAUACCUAGUGAAAGUGACAUUUACUUUAAGCAAUCGGUGCUUGGUGAUGUAGAGAUAUUGUACAGCGUUAUUAUUUGAGGGGGGGGGUUAUGAAAAAUGUUUCUUUCAUGGAACAGUAUAGAGGAUGAACCUCUUAGAGUUUAAUUUUCCAUAUCUACUCUGUUGCCAUUAUUCAUAUACAUUAAAAGCUUUCCACGUGAAAUAACCAAAGGCUAUUCCAUUAAGGAUUGCCCUUGGAAUCACCCUCUGUAUCAUUUCCAGAAGCUCUGGAAAGUCCAAGCAAGAACAGAGUCCUAAAAUUAAGUGGACUGUGUGGAAAGAGUUCAUUAUAUUGGUUCCCUUUUUUGCAAACCUUUCCCCAUUUGGAGCCAUAAGCAGCUCAACGUUUAGACCUUCUGUCUCAUCUCUGAAACAAAUAUGUCUCCAUCUUCACUUUAAUGCCUUUUUGCACUACAUCAAAGGAGCAACUGUAAGCUAUGAGUCACCUGGACCAAAAAGUCCUAUUUUGGAAAACAGGAAGGAUUUGUUUCUUGAAAAGAAGGGGACUAGCCCAAAAGGAUUCAUCCAGGAUCUGUGCCUUUUGAUACAUAGAUUUGUAAAUACUAUACAUUCUUGCCCAGUGUUCAUAUCUAUCUGUCCCCCCCUCUCUCUCCCAUUACUUUGCCUGCUUUUUUAUCUCUUUUUGGCCACUUAAUAAUUUUGAGAUUUCCUUAUGUUUAAUAAAUGAACCUCAUCGAGCUAAGUUUUUUUUUUUUUUUUUUGCUAAUGGAGCUGUAGAGAGUGGCAUGUGUGCUAUGAUAAAUUAUGAAUAUUUUAUUCGAGAAACAAAGUAUCGGCACUACAUAGUUAAAUCAAAAACUGAAUUCCCCUCUCCUGAGCACAAAGUAACAAAGCACAAUUCCCUCCUCCAAUUAACUGUCAUAAAUCACA